UUUGUAAACAUAAACAAAAGGCUCGGCGGACGCACGAGGACAGACCGCGAAUUUCUUCUUCAUUUGAGAAAUAAUACAAAAUGAGUAGCGAAGACCCUACCCUAGAGAGACAUUUCCGAGGACACAGGGAUGUGGUCACGGCUCUCGACUUCAGCCCAAAUGGCAAGCAGCUGGUGUCCUCUUCCCUGGACCACACAGUCAUGGUCUGGAACUUCAAGCAACAAAUUCGAGCAUACAGAUUUGUAGGUCACUCUGACUCAGUUUACGAUGUCUGCUUUUCGCCGAGUGGAAACUUAAUGGCCUCAGCCUCGCGGGAUCGUACUGUUAGGCUUUGGGUCACAAACAUUAGAGGUGACUCGACAGAGUUCCGUGCACACCAUGCAGGUGUAAGGUCUGUUAGUUUCUCCCCCGAUGGCCAGAGAUUGGUGACCGGCUCAGAUGACAAGACUAUCAAGAUUUGGAAAGUCCACAACCACAAGUUUGAGUGCUCAUUGCCAACUCAUACAAACUGGGUGCGCUGUGUUCGGUUCUCUCCUGAUGGUCGAAUGCUUGUGUCUUGCGCAGAUGAUAAGACUGUCAAGCUUCACGAUGUCCAGUCAGCAAGCACACUUCACACUUUCCCUGAGCUCAAAGGCUCAACGACACGUGUUGCUUUCCAUCCCUCAGGAACUUGCAUUGCAACUGCUGGUUCAGACAGCUCAGUCAGAAUUUAUGACAUCCGUACAAGGAAACUGUUACAGCACUAUGUUGCCCACUCUGGUCCGGUACAUGAUCUCUCAUUCCAUCCAUCUGGACACCUUCUCCUAACCAGCUCUGCAGAUGGUACACUGAAGCUGCUUGACCUGCUUGAGGGACGUCCCAUCUAUACCCUGCACGGACACCAAGGCCCUGUCACUUGCUGCGGCUUUGCUAGCAACGGAGAGUAUUUUGCUUCUGGUGGAAACGACAAGCAGGUGAUGGUAUGGAAGACCAACUUCGAGCCUGUGGAUCAGUGUGAGAGCCUGGAUGUGACACAGGACGUGUCUCACAGGCAGCCCCUAGAUGUGACUGUCUCAGUGCCUGAUGAUUCGUCAGAAGAGGAAGAAGUUACUACUGUUGAGAGUCGUGGUGGAGCGAAAGGGAGAUCCCAUAGCAGCGACGUUAAUGGGAACCAGAAAAAUGGAGGAGGCAGCCAGGAUGACAAUGCAGCCACCCUGCAGCAGAUGCAGAGCUCUCUCCAGCACAUCAUCACCCAACUUGACACCUUAACCCAAACUGUUGUCAUCCUCGAGCAAAGGCUGUCAUUGGCCGAGAACAAGAUAUCCGACCUUGCCAACAACCAGCGUGCGACUCGCUAAAGAACUGAUCCGAUACUAGUGUUGGUUAAAGAUUUUGUAACACUAAGUAAGCUGACUGCAGUGUUACGUAGUGCCUGCAUAUUUGUGAUGGUGUUAUUAUUAUCAUUAUCAUUUAUCUCUUUAUUAUUUUUUCUUUAUUAAUGAUUAUUAAUUUUAUUAUUGUUAUGAUUGUCAGCCUUAUAAUCUUGAUUAUUAUUGAUAUUGUUGUUAUUAUUAUUAUUAUUAUUAUUAUUAUUAUUAGUGUUGUCUUCAUUAUCAUUUAUAUUACUCUAAUCAUGGUACUCAUUGCCUUCCGGAAGUCGAAAUUAAUGGAAGGCUUUAGACCAGUGGUGAUAAGAUGCAUCCGCCAAAAUCAUGAGUAUCUGAUGCAUAGUAUUUAGUCCUUAUAAUGGCUUUAUUGCUAAUAAUGUAAAGCACUUCUCUUUAUAUGCCAUUGUUAUACCAAAACAAAGAUUCACUGUAACAAGCAUUUGGUUUAUAUACUUAAUACUGUGAUAGUUCAAAAAUAGGUUAGGGUUUAGCAUUUGAAUUUCAUUUCAUUCCAUAUUACAAACUAAUUAUUUUUGAAAGAAGAAAUUUGCUUCAGAAAUUAAUUUUUCAUACUGAGAAAAGCAUGUAGAAAUAGACUGCAUUUUUAUAUAGAUAUCUUAGAUUAACAGAACUUUGUAGUUGGCAAAAUCGUGUGGAUUAGAUCGCAUACUGCCCAAACUUUUUAAUUAUCUCUUCAUUAAAAACAAUAUUAAUUGUUAGAUUUUAAGAAGCGUAAAACUUUGAAGCAUUUAGGUACCUAUAACACACACUUAGAAAACUGAAAAACUGGUUAACAAAGAAUUCAGUAGUUUUGUAGAUAGUAACUUCUACAGCAUUUAUCAAGUGACCUGAUAUGGUGUUCAGCCUUUGCCCAAUUCCAAAACUGUGAUGAAAAUAGAUAACAAAAGGACUAUAUUUUUCAUAGUAUUCUUUUCUAUGUAAAUUGACGACUUGUAAUAUCUCUUCAAGACUGUAUUAAUUAGUAAGAGAUGAUUAGACAUACAUAUGGGUCUUCUAAUAUCUCGUCUUAAACCUGGGAAGGUACAAAAGUAGAGAGUAUUAUUUAAAAAGGGGCAUUUCCAAUAUAAUUUUCUUCUUUGCUACAGAUUUUAAUUUUAAAAAAUCUUAGAAUUAGUACCACUAGUCACUUAGAGCAGUUAAAAAAAAAGGUCAGUGUUGCUCAGUAUAACAACUGGGCAUAAAGAUAUUAAGACAUUACCCCCAAGUUGGUUUACUGGCAUAUUUAGUAAGAGUCUGUUUUGAAGUAUGUGGUUGCACACAUGCCAAAUGGUAACUAGUACUGUCAAAAUGAGCAGAAAACUUCUCUAACCCAUUGUCACAGGUGGUACUGUACAAUCAGCUAAACAGUGAUAUUUUCACAUUAGAUCUUGGGACUGCUGGUGAAUAAUACUAUUGGCUUGUGGUUGAUAUCCUGCCUAUCCAAAGGAAGGAAUUGUGAGGUGGGAGGGGGGUAAAUUAAUGGAGAUGUUGAUGCUAAAUAUAACAGUUAUUUGUGGACUUUCUGCUUCUUAAUCGUGACAGAUGUGACAUUCUUGAUGUUGAUUAAUCAGCCACAGGUGAAAAUAUGUUGACUUCUGAUUUAGCAUUUUAGGAAAGAAUACCAGAUCAUAAAGAACAUAAGAAAUAAUCUUAAGGAUUAAAAUGUUGCUUUAGAAUGUUGUUGUUUCUGUAUAUGAGAUGAACUGCAAAAGGUUUAGUUUCCAUGUACUCUUGUUUAUCUUUCACAUGUAUUGCUUGUUAUUUUUUUUGUUUUGUCUGUUGUUGAAUUGGAGCAAUGAUUAAGCCUUUCUUUUGCCGAGUUGUUUUAGAGAUCUAAUCAUUUAUGCCUUUAAGAGUGACUCACAAAAGAUGUCUAUGUGAAACUUGUCAUGUCCAUUUAUUGUAAUAAAUGUAACAUUUCCAUUAUCCUUCUAAUUCUAUCCUAAGGUUCAUGUACAUUUUCUUUAAUUAAAACUUUAACUUAA